GGGCUGAGAGGGUGGGGCCUGGGAGGAGACAAAGCCGGGAAGAGUUAAAAGCCUUGACCCUGCCCCCGGGCGUCCGAGCGAAGGUUGUGGCGGAUGCUGAUCUAACUGGGGCCGGCUUAUUACAGCUUGUGUGUGCGCGCGGGUGUGAGCCGGGUUAUUGAAGUAAAAAUGUCCAGAAAAAUCCAUGGAGGUUCUGUGGUGGAGAUGCAAGGAGAUGAAAUGACACGAAUCAUUUGGGAAUUGAUUAAAGAAAAACUCAUUCUUCCCUAUGUGGAACUGGAUCUGCAUAGCUAUGAUUUAGGCAUAGAGAAUCGUGAUGCCACCAAUGACCAGGUCACCAAAGAUGCUGCAGAGGCUAUAAAGAAAUACAACGUGGGCGUCAAGUGUGCUACCAUCACCCCCGAUGAGAAGAGGGUUGAAGAAUUCAAGUUGAAACAAAUGUGGAAAUCACCAAACGGCACCAUCCGAAACAUUCUGGGUGGCACUGUCUUCAGAGAAGCUAUUAUCUGCAAAAAUAUCCCCCGGCUAGUGACAGGCUGGGUAAAACCCAUCAUCAUUGGCCGACACGCAUAUGGGGACCAAUACAGAGCAACUGAUUUUGUUGUUCCUGGGCCUGGAAAAGUAGAGAUAACCUACACACCAAAAGAUGGAACUCAGAAGGUGACAUACGUGGUGCAUGACUUCGAAGAAGGUGGUGGUGUUGCCAUGGGCAUGUACAACCAGGAUAAGUCAAUUGAAGAUUUUGCACACAGUUCCUUCCAAAUGGCUCUGUCAAAGGGCUGGCCUUUGUAUCUAAGCACCAAGAACACUAUUCUGAAGAAGUAUGAUGGGCGUUUCAAAGACAUCUUCCAGGAGAUCUAUGACAAGAAAUACAAGUCCCAGUUUGAAGCUCAGAAGAUCUGGUAUGAACACAGGCUCAUAGAUGACAUGGUGGCCCAGGCAAUGAAGUCAGAGGGAGGCUUCAUCUGGGCCUGUAAGAACUAUGAUGGGGAUGUGCAGUCGGACUCAGUGGCCCAAGGUUAUGGCUCCCUUGGCAUGAUGACCAGUGUGCUGAUUUGUCCAGAUGGUAAGACGGUAGAAGCAGAGGCUGCCCAUGGCACUGUCACACGUCACUACCGCAUGUACCAGAAAGGGCAAGAGACGUCCACCAACCCCAUUGCUUCCAUUUUUGCCUGGUCCCGAGGGUUAGCCCACAGAGCAAAGCUUGAUAACAAUAAUGAGCUCAGCUUCUUCGCAAAGGCUUUGGAAGACGUCUGCAUUGAGACCAUUGAGGCUGGCUUUAUGACUAAGGACUUGGCUGCUUGCAUUAAAGGCUUACCCAAUGUACAACGUUCUGACUACUUGAAUACAUUUGAGUUUAUGGACAAACUUGGAGAAAACUUGAAGGCCAAAUUAGCUCAGGCCAAACUUUAAGGUCAAACCUGGGCUUAGAAUGAGUCUUUGUGAUAACUAGGUCCACAGGUUUACGUAGUUUUUUUUUUUUUUUUAGUAGCACUCAAAGUUAAAAACAAAAAUCAUUUUGUAAUUUGUUUAGAAGACAAAGUUGAACUUUUCUAUAUGUUUACAGCCUUUUUUCUUUUUCAUACAGUUAUUGCCACCUUAAUGAAUGUGGUGGGGAAGUUUUUUUAAUUGUAUUUUAUUGUGUAAUAGCAGUGUAGGAAUUAUGUUAGUACCUGUUCACAAUUAACUGUCACGUUUUCUCAUGCUCUAACGUAAAUGACCAAAAUCAGAAGUGCUCCAAGGGUGAACAAUAGCUACAGUAUGGUUCCCCACAAGGGUAAAAGAGAAACUCACUUCCCCUGUUGUCCAUGAGUGUGAACACUGAGGCCUUUGUGUGCAAAUGUUGUACUGUGUGUGGGAGAGCUAUACAAUGAGCUCACACAAGACUGGAACAGAUAGGAUGUGUGUAGCUAAAAUGCAUGGCAGACGUGUUUGUAAAGAGCAUGUACGUGUCCAAUAUACUAGUUAUAUUUUAAGGCCACUGGAGAAGUCCAAGUCUAGAAUAAAUGCAGACUGGAGGAUUCUGCUCUUUGAUUUCUCUUCUCCUGUGACCCAGCCCAAGUAUUAUCCUACCCCAAACAGCACAUUUCACCCAUGUGCAAUAAUGGGAGCCACACCAUUUGGAUUUCUGCUAGCCUGCUGCAUUUCUUUUAUAUAAAUGUGACUUUUUUUUCCCCAGAAGUUGAUAUUAAACACUAUUACAGUAUAGUCCUUCUAAAACGUUAAUUUUAUUAAAAUGAAGUACUAAUGA